AUGUUGCGGAAAUCCCAUGUUCUUGUGCUUCUUUGCCUCCUUGACAAUCAUGUUGUUUCAGCCCAGUACCAUGUCAUCAGCCAGGAGGAAGUAGAUGCAUUUGCUGCCGAAGCUACCAAACUUUCUGGGAAUGGGGAGGAUCCCUUGGACCAAAGUAAGGGCCCUUUUGAUUCCGAGUUGGGUGGCAUUGGCCACCGGUGUGGACGUAGGAAUACUUGUGGAGAAGGCCUUACUUGCUCCAAUGACUUUUCUAUCCUUCAAAAGAGGUGCUUCCCUGACAGGGCAUGUCUAGAGCAGGUUGUGAGCAGCUUUCGUUUGGAUCUUGAGGUCUGGAAAGAAUCAAUUCUCACUGGUGCCAAUAUUGAUGAGAGUGAACUUGUUGAUGCAGCCCGUGAUGCUCAGAAUCCUACAGAGUUCCAGCAGAGUGCAACAUAUCUCCGCUUUCUAGACACCUUCAAUGCCCAACCACCACCUCAACUCACCUCAUUGCAAGAAGCUGCUGAUGACUGUAUUCCCAAAGCACCCAGCACUGAAGGCACUGUUGUGUACAUGGGACUUCACAUUGAAGUGAGUGCGCUUGUAGACCUUGCCAUGUCUAUUUUCUGGGCCCUUGGAGAUGCUCCUACACCAAAUGACUUCAUUCGAGGAACCUUUGGAGCUGAACUGGGUGCAGGAGCUGAAGUCUCAAUGUUGAUUGGAUUUGCCUUUACUGGAACCACACAGGAUAUUUUGGGAGGCUCAAUUGUGACCGACCUUGAUGCUGCAGUUGGAGUUGGUAUUGGAACUGCUUUGGUGUCAAAUCUCAAUGGACUAUAUUCCCUGGAGUUUACCAUAGGUGUAGGCCUUGGUGCUGGCUUUGGGGUUGGAUAUGGCAUUACUGCCCAAUUGAAUGAAUCCAAUGAGCCAACCACCUCCCCAAGCAUUUCCCCAUCAGUCAGCAUGUUACCAACUAGUAGCUCUGCUCCAUCAACCAGUGCCUCCCCAAGCAUUUCCCCAUCAGUCAGCAUGGUGCCAACUAGUAGCUCUGCUCCAUCAACCAGUGCUCGGCCCAGCAUUUCCCCAUCAGUCAGCAUGUUGCCAACUAGCAGCUCUGCUCCAUCAACAAGUGCUCAGCCCAGCAUUUCCCCCAGCACUGCCCCCAGCACUGCCCCCAGCACUGCCCCCAGCAGCCUUCCCAGCACCAUCCCUUCAGGCCAGCCAAGCUUGACCCCAAGCAGCAGUGGAAGUGCAUUACCAUCACUCCAGCCCAGUCUUGCUCCCAGCAGGCCACCCAGCAGUGCACCUUCUGCUCUACCAAGCUCAUCCCCAAGCAGCAUGCCAAGCUCUCUUCCAUCUAUCAGUCUGCAACCUAGUGUUGUUCCAAGCAGCGCACCCAGCAGGGAGCCUUCUGCCCUGCCAAGCUCAUCCCCAAGCAGAAGCCCAAGCGCAUUGCCAUCAGUCAGCAUGGUGCCAAGUAAUAUUCCAAGCACAGUUCCAUCACUCAGUGCUCAGCCCAGUGCCCUACCAAGUCUCACACCCAGCAGGGAGCCUUCUGCCCUACCAAGCUCUGGUCCAUCUCUCAGUUUGCAACCUAGUGAAGUUCCCAGUGGCAUGCCUAGCAGCCUGCCUUCUGCUAUGCCAAGUAUGAAUCCAUCUCUCAGUUUGCAACCUAGUGAAGUUCCCAGUGGCAUGCCUAGCAGCUUGCCUUCUGCCCUGCCAAGUGGCAAUCCAUCUCUCAGUUUGCAACCUAGUGAAGUCCCCAGUCGCAUGCCUAGCAGCUUGCCUUCUGCUAUGCCAAGUAUGAAUCCUUCCGUCAGCGUCAAUCCAUCUCUCAGCGCACAACCCAGCAUGACCCCUUCAGUCAGCAUCAAACCAAGUGGUACACCAUCUGUUUCACCAAGCAGCAGACCUUCACAAAGUAGUAAGCCCAGUAGAAAUCCAAGUGAGUCUCCAAGUGCAAGUGCAAAUCCAAGUUCACCACCAAGUGCCAGCCAGAAUCCAAGCUCAAGCCAGGUUCCAAGUAGCCUACCAAGUGCAAGUCCAAGUCUCACACCCAGCAGCUUGCCUUCUGGCAUGCCAAGUAUGAAUCCAUCUCUUAGUGCACAACCCAGCAGCAUCCCUUCUGCAAUGCCAAGUAUGAAUCCAUCUCUCAGUGCACAACCCAGCAUGACCCCUUCAGUCAGCAUCAAACCAAGUGGUACACCAUCUGUUUCACCAAGCAGCAGACCUUCACGAAGUAGUAAGCCCAGUAGAAAUCCAAGUGAGUCUCCAACGGCGACCCCAACCCGCAGCAGUGCUCCAAGCCUCAGCUCAGGUCCGAGCUUUGGUCCUACUAAUGCUCGAUGA